UCCUGUGGUACAAACUCUGUUGCCGCCAUAAUGAUUUGGAGAAGAAAAUAUUAUUAUCAUUGGUUUAAUUGGUUUGUUGGCAUAUGGAUUAUUAUAUCUGAUAUCAGUUUAAAUGCUGAUUGUCUAAAAGACUUGAAAAUUUUCGUGCCAGAUGCUGUAAUUAUGGGAAACGCUGCAACAUUGUCAUGUCAGUAUGAUCUGGAACAGGCGGCCUUGUACUCAGUGCGUUGGUAUUUUGGUACAGAGGAAUUCUAUCGUUUCGUGCCAAAGGAGUCACCGCCUACACUAGUGUUUCCCGUGUCUGGAAUUAAUGUUGAUUUGACAAAUUCAGAUGCCACUUCAGUUACCCUGAAGGGAGUUACGCGUGAAUUGACCGGAAACUAUCAGUGCGAAGUAUCGGAAGACGCACCACUUUUUCACACCGAUAUACGAUCUGCUCACAUGCAAGUAAUUGAACUGCCAAAAGAUGAUCCCACCAUGCAAGUUGAUAAGAAAGUCAUAACGGCAAAUGACAACUUUAAAGCCGUUUGUACGAUUGGACCUUCAUAUCCGGCAGCAAAUAUAACGUGGUAUAUUAAUGGACGAAAAGUUUAUAAAACACCAUUCCAACGAAUAACGCAGGAUACGUAUGAAGGAUCUGCGACAUAUUCAUCCCUGGAAAUUUAUCCACACAGCCAAGUGCUGCAAGGCUUCUUUCAAGCCGUACCCAAAUACCAAACCAGCAUCCUGCUGUUGUGCGAAGUGUCAAUAUUGCACGUUUUUCACAAAAAUGUACAGCAACGUUUAAUGCUCAGUAUAGGACCGCCCACAACAAUUUCACCAAAUCUCUUGGGACUCGAGGGUUCGAAGCGUUUAAAUGGUGAUCCAGAUAAUUCCGCCUUAACGGGAGGUGCGAGUAGAAUCGCAUCAACAAUAACACUAACAUCACGAUUGACAACAACAACAAAUAUUCUUUUGCCAGUGGCAUUUGCGUUUUUAUGCUUUCUCUGCAGCAGCAGUUGGAGUCAUAGUGUAUCAGCGAUUGCAGCACAUCGACAACGGAAUCGGCGUCAACUGUGACCAAAUGGUCAUCAUUGUUUAUAAAUGUUUAACAAUAUAAAAGCAACAACAACUGUACUCUGUUUUUUGUUGUAUUAAAUAAAUAAAUAGAAAAACAAACAAAAAAAAAAACAAAAAAACAAAUUAAAUUAAAUUUAUAACAAAAGAAACCCAUAGAUAUAGGUAAAAUACACACUCUCUCACUUACUAACACACUCAGACACACACACACACACAGAUAUACAUACAAAACAAAAAUAAUAAUAAUAAUGAAAUAAUAAAACAAUAUGCAAAUAAAUAGAUUAAAUUGUGAGAAAAACUUAAAUAAAUAAAUAAAUAAAUAAAUAAAUAAUAACAACAUUUAAGAGGGAGGUUUAAAAUUAGUGAGAUAAUUUUUAUUUAUGUUGUUUGAUAAACAAAACAAAAAAUUAAUUAAUAUUACAAAUAAUAUUAUUAAUAUUUUACUUAUUAAAAUAUGAAAUUGUUUAAUUAAUUUUUAUACAUAAAUUGUAAAGAACAAAAACAACAAAACAAGCUAUAAAAAACAAAACAAUUAUGUUAAUUCAACUAGUGAUUAAAAAAAUAAAUAAAAUACUUUAACAAAAUAGACAUGUAUAUCCGUGGCAUUAUUGCAAAACAGCUUAAGGCCGAGGCCACACAAUAAGCGGUAGAGCGCUGAGCGGUGAGCGGCAAGUGGCUUAUUACUGAGCGUCAUCAUUUAAAAUGCCAUUGUCAAGAGCGAUUUGUUUAAUAUUAUUACGCGAAAUUCGUAUUCAUAUUUACAAGAAGAUUUCAGAAAAAUAAGAUUUGCUAUUCAUUUAUAUACAAAAUUUGGUAAUAUAAUAUGUCUUGCAUUAUAGCAGUCGUCUUUGGCCAGAUGAAAUUAACAGCUCCACAUUAACUUUUUCCAUUUGCCGCUCAUUGUAUGGCCACGGCUUAAGAUAAUUCAUAUGUAUUUAAUGCAUAUUUAAGCCAGAAUGCAUAAACUUGUCCAGUCUACGCUUUGGAAUUUAAUUUGCAAUAAUUUAGCUUAAGUUCUCUGUUUUAGAAAUAAAUUUGAUAUAGUAAUUACAAA